AUGACUCAAAAGUACGCCAAAGACCAGCCCGCCGGCUUCACCAACCGCAUCGAACGCGUCGCCAUCGUGGGCGCCGGCGGCACCGUGGGCAAAUACAUUACCCAAGAACUUCUCCAGACAGGCCAACACACCGUAACCGCGCUUACACGCGCAGGUAGCAAGAACACCCUUCCCGCGGGCGUCCGCACCGUCAUCGUCGACUAUGACGAUGAGUCUACUCUGGUUGCAGCGCUGCAAAACCAACAGUUCCUCAUUAUUACAAUGAGCGUCACUGCGCCAAAGGACACCCAGAGCAAGCUUAUCCAGGCCGCUGCGAAAGCCGGCGUGCCGUAUGUGAUGCCAAACUGCUACGGCGUGGAUAUCACCAAUGAGAAACUGCGGAAGGAAUCGCUGACCGGGGAGCCGGUGAAGCAGGCUUGUGCCGAGAUUGAAGCGACAGGUGUUUCGGCCUGGGUGGCGCUGGUUUGUAGCUUCUGGUACGAGUUUAGUUUGGUCACUGGGCCGGAGUGGUUCGGGUUUGACUUCAAGGAGAAGAAGGUUACGUUUUAUGAUGAUGGAACCACCAAGAUCAACGUGAGUACGUGGGAGCAGUGUGGACGGGCUGUGGCGGCUUUCUUGAAGUUCAAGGAGUUGCCGGAGGAUGAGAAUGAUAAGAGCCCGACGGUGAGCGGCUGGGCUAACAAGCCACUGUUUAUCUCGAGCUUCCUGGUUAGCCAGAAGGAUAUGUUUGAGAGCUGGAAGAGGGUUGCGGGGGACAAGGAUGAGGAUUGGACGAUUGAGUAUGAACCCAGCGCUGAGCGGUAUCAGCGGGGCAUUGAGAGGAUGCAAAAGGGUGACCGCAGGGGCUUUGCACAGGCCAUGUAUGCGCGGGCCUUCUAUCCGAAUGGGGGUGGAGACUAUGAGAGCAGUCGGGCGCUGGAUAAUGCCGUGCUUGGACUGCCUAAGGAGGAUCUCGAUGAGCGGACCAAACAUGCCAAGGAGAUGUUCGAGAGCGGCUAUUCUUACUUUUAA